AUGGUCUUGCUUCUUUGUCUGUCUUGUCUGAUUUUCUCCUGUCUGAGCUUUUCCUGUUUAAAAAUCUGGGGGAAAAUGACGGACUCCAAGCCGAUCACCAAGAGUACAUCAGAAGCAAACUUCAUCCUGAGCCGGGAGCCCUUUCCAGCCUCUGACAACUCAGGGGAGACACCGCAGAGAAAUGGGGAGGACCACUCUCUGCCCAAGACUCCCAGCCAGGCCGAGCCAGCCUCCCACAAAGGCCCCAAAGAUGCUGGUCGGCGGAGAAACUCCCUGCCACCCUCCCACCAGAAGCCCCCAAGAAACCCCCUUUCUUCCAGUGACGCAGCACCCUCCCCAGAGCUCCAAGCCAACGGGACCGGGAUACAAGGUCUGGAGGCCCCAGAUACCAAUGGCCUAUCCUCCUCAGCCAGGCCCCCCGGCCAGCAAGCUGGCUCCCCCUCCAAAGAAGACAGGAAGCAGGCAAACAUCAAGAGGCAGCUGAUGACCAACUUCAUCCUGGGCUCUUUCGAUGACUACUCCUCCGACGAGGACUCUGUUGCUGGCUCAUUUCGUGAGUCUACCAGGAAGGGCAGCCGGGCCAGCUUGGGGGCCCUAUCCCUGGAGGCUCUUCUGACCGCAGGUGAAGCUGAGAACCGUGUCCCCACUAUGAGGCCGAGCAUGUCGGGACUCCACCUGGUGAAGAGGGGACGGGAACACAAGAAGCUGGACCUGCACAGAGACUUUACAGUGGCUUCUCCCGCUGAGUUUGUCACACGCUUUGGCGGGGAUCGGGUCAUCGAGAAGGUGCUUAUUGCCAACAACGGGAUCGCCGCCGUGAAGUGCAUGCGCUCCAUCCGCAGGUGGGCCUAUGAGAUGUUCCGCAACGAGCGGGCCAUCCGGUUUGUUGUGAUGGUGACCCCUGAGGACCUUAAGGCCAACGCAGAGUACAUCAAGAUGGCGGAUCAGUACGUCCCCGUCCCAGGAGGGCCUAAUAACAACAACUAUGCCAACGUGGAGCUGAUUGUGGACAUUGCCAAGAGAAUCCCCGUGCAGGCGGUGUGGGCUGGCUGGGGCCAUGCUUCCGAAAACCCUAAACUUCCGGAGCUGCUGUGCAAGAAUGGAGUUGCUUUCUUAGGUCCUCCCAGUGAGGCCAUGUGGGCCUUAGGAGAUAAGAUCGCCUCCACCAUUGUCGCCCAGACGCUGCAGGUCCCAACCCUGCCCUGGAGUGGAAGCGGCCUGACAGUGGAGUGGACAGAAGAUGAUCUGCAGCAGGGAAAAAUAAUCAGUGUCCCAGAAGAUGUUUAUGACCAGGGUUGUGUGAAAGACGUAGAUGAGGGCUUGGAGGCAGCAGAAAAAAUUGGUUUUCCAUUGAUGAUCAAAGCUUCUGAAGGUGGCGGAGGGAAGGGAAUCCGGAAGGCUGAGGGUGCGGAGGACUUCCCGAUCCUUUUCAGACAAGUACAGAGUGAGAUCCCAGGCUCACCCAUCUUUCUCAUGAAGCUGGCCCAGCACGCCCGUCACCUGGAAGUUCAGAUCCUCGCCGACCGGUAUGGGAAUGCUGUGUCUCUGUUUGGUCGCGACUGCUCCAUCCAGCGGCGGCAUCAGAAGAUUGUUGAGGAAGCACCGGCCACCAUCGCCCCGCUGGCCAUAUUCGAGUUCAUGGAGCAGUGUGCCGUCCGCCUGGCCAAGACCGUGGGCUAUGUGAGUGCAGGGACAGUGGAAUACCUCUACAGCCAGGACGGCAGCUUCCACUUCUUGGAGCUGAAUCCUCGCUUGCAGGUGGAACAUCCCUGCACGGAAAUGAUCGCUGAUGUCAAUCUGCCGGCCGCCCAGCUACAGAUCGCUAUGGGCGUGCCACUGCACCGGCUGAAGGAUAUCCGGCUUCUGUACGGAGAGUCGCCAUGGGGAGUGACUCCCAUUUCUUUUGAAACCCCCUCAAACCCUCCCCUCGCCCGAGGCCACGUCAUUGCUGCCAGAAUCACCAGUGAAAACCCAGACGAGGGGUUUAAGCCGAGCUCCGGGACUGUCCAGGAACUGAAUUUCCGCAGCAGCAAGAACGUGUGGGGUUACUUCAGUGUGGCUGCUACUGGAGGCCUGCAUGAGUUUGCGGAUUCCCAGUUUGGGCACUGCUUCUCCUGGGGAGAGAACCGGGAAGAGGCCAUUUCGAACAUGGUGGUGGCUUUGAAGGAACUGUCCAUCCGAGGUGACUUUAGGACCACCGUGGAAUACCUCAUUAACCUCCUGGAGACCGAGAGCUUCCAGAACAAUGACAUCGACACUGGGUGGUUGGACUACCUCAUUGCUGAGAAAGUGCAGGCGGAGAAACCGGAUAUCAUGCUUGGGGUGGUAUGCGGGGCCUUGAACGUGGCCGAUGCGAUGUUCAGAACGUGCAUGACAGAUUUCUUACACUCCCUGGAAAGGGGCCAGGUCCUCCCAGCGGAUUCACUACUGAACAUCGUAGAUGUGGAAUUAAUUUACGGAGGCAUUAAGUACAUUCUCAAGGUGGCCCGGCAGUCUCUGACCAUGUUCGUUCUCAUCAUGAAUGGCUGCCACAUCGAGAUUGACGCCCACCGGCUGAACGAUGGGGGGCUCCUGCUCUCCUACAAUGGGAACAGCUACACCACCUACAUGAAGGAAGAGGUUGACAGUUACCGAAUUACCAUUGGCAAUAAGACGUGUGUGUUUGAGAAGGAGAAUGAUCCUACAGUCCUGAGAUCCCCCUCGGCUGGGAAGCUGACACAGUACACAGUGGAGGACGGGGGCCACGUUGAGGCUGGGAGCAGCUACGCUGAGAUGGAGGUGAUGAAGAUGAUCAUGACCCUGAACGUGCAGGAAAGUGGCCGGGUGAAGUACAUCAAGCGUCCAGGGGCCGUGCUGGAAGCAGGCUGCGUGGUGGCCAGGCUGGAGCUUGAUGACCCUUCUAAGGUCCACCCGGCUGAACCAUUCACAGGAGAACUCCCUGCCCAGCAGACACUGCCCAUCCUUGGAGAGAAACUGCACCAGGUCUUCCACAGCGUCCUGGAAAACCUCACCAACGUCAUGAGUGGCUUUUGUCUGCCGGAGCCCAUUUUUAGCAUAAAGCUGAAGGAGUGGGUGCAGAAACUCAUGAUGACCCUCCGACACCCGUCACUGCCGCUGCUGGAGCUGCAGGAGAUCAUGACCAGCGUGGCAGGCCGCAUCCCGGCCCCCGUGGAGAAGUCAGUCCGCAGGGUGAUGGCCCAGUAUGCCAGCAACAUCACCUCAGUGCUGUGCCAGUUCCCCAGCCAGCAGAUAGCCACCAUCCUGGACUGCCACGCAGCCACCCUGCAGCGAAAGGCUGACCGAGAGGUCUUCUUCAUCAACACCCAGAGCAUCGUGCAGUUGGUCCAGAGAUACCGCAGCGGGAUCCGCGGCUAUAUGAAAACAGUGGUGUUGGAUCUCCUGAGAAGAUAUUUGCAUGUCGAGACCAUUUUCAGCAAGGCAAGAGAUGCUGAUGCCAACACCAGUGGGAUGGUGGGGGUGAGGAGCCUGAACUUUACCUCUGCGUGGUGUUUUGUCUCCCUAGCCCACUACGACAAGUGUGUGAUAAACCUCAGGGAGCAGUUCAAGCCAGACAUGUCCCAGGUGCUGGACUGCAUCUUCUCCCACGCACAGGUGGCCAAGAAGAACCAGCUGGUGAUCAUGCUGAUCGAUGAGCUGUGUGGCCCAGACCCUUCCCUGUCGGACGAGCUGACCUCCAUCCUUAAUGAGCUCACUCAGCUGAGCAAAAGCGAGCACUGCAAAGUGGCCCUCAGAGCCCGGCAGAUCCUGAUUGCCUCCCACCUCCCCUCCUAUGAGCUGCGGCACAACCAGGUGGAGUCCAUUUUCCUGUCUGCCAUUGACAUGUACGGCCAUCAGUUCUGCCCCGAGAACCUCAAGAAGUUAAUAAUUUCAGAAACAACCAUCUUCGACGUCUUGCCUGCUUUCUUCUAUCACGCUAACAAAGUCGUGUGCAUGGCGUCCUUGGAGGUUUACGUGCGGAGGGCCUACAUCGCCUACGAGUUAAACAGCCUGCAGCACCGGCAGCUCCCGGAUGGCACCUGCGUGGUAGAAUUCCGGUUCAUGCUGCCCUCCUCCCACCCAAACCGGAUGACCGUGCCCAUCAGCAUCACCAACCCUGAUCUCCUGAGGCACAGCACAGAGCUCUUCAUGGACAGCGGCUUCUCCCCACUGUGCCAGCGCAUGGGGGCCAUGGUAGCCUUCAGGAGAUUCGAGGACUUCACCAGAAAUUUUGAUGAAGUCAUCUCUUGCUUCGCCAAUGUGCCCAAAGACACCCCCCUCUUCAGCGAGGCCCGCACCUCCCUGUACUCCGAGGAUGACUGCAAGAGCCUCAGAGAAGACCCCAUCCACAUUCUGAACGUGUCCAUCCAGUGUGCAGACCACCUGGAGGAUGAGGAACUGGUGCCGAUUUUACGGACGUUCGUACAGUCCAAGAAAAAUAUCCUUGUGGAUUAUGGACUCCGACGAAUCACAUUCCUGAUUGCCCAAGAGAAAGAAUUUCCCAAGUUUUUCACAUUCAGAGCAAGAGAUGAGUUUGCAGAAGAUCGCAUUUACCGUCACUUGGAGCCUGCCCUGGCCUUCCAACUGGAGCUCAGCCGGAUGCGUAACUUCGAUCUGACUGCCGUGCCCUGUGCCAACCACAAGAUGCACCUUUACCUGGGUGCUGCCAAGGUGAAGGAAGGGGCGGAAGUGACGGACCAUAGGUUCUUCAUCCGCGCCAUCAUCAGGCACUCAGACCUGAUUACAAAGGAAGCCUCCUUUGAGUACCUGCAGAACGAGGGUGAGCGGCUGCUCCUGGAGGCCAUGGACGAGCUGGAGGUGGCGUUCAACAACACCAGCGUGCGCACCGACUGCAACCACAUCUUCCUCAACUUCGUGCCCACUGUCAUCAUGGACCCCUUGAAGAUUGAGGAGUCCGUGCGCUCCAUGGUUAUGCGCUACGGCAGCCGGUUGUGGAAACUCCGCGUGCUGCAGGCUGAAGUCAAGAUCAACAUACACCAGACCACCACCGGCAGCGCUGUUCCCAUCCGCCUGUUCAUCACCAAUGAGUCGGGCUACUACCUGGACAUCAGCCUCUACAAAGAAGUGACUGACUCCAGAUCUGGAAAUAUCAUGUUUCACUCCUUCGGCAACAAGCAAGGGCCCCAGCACGGGAUGCUGAUCAAUACUCCCUACGUCACCAAGGAUCUGCUCCAGGCCAAGCGAUUCCAGGCCCAGUCCCUGGGAACUACCUACAUCUAUGACUUCCCAGAAAUAUUCAGGCAGGCUCUCUUUAAACUGUGGGGCUCCCCAGACAAGUAUCCCAAAGACAUCCUGACAUACACUGAAUUGGUGUUGGACUCUCAGGGCCAGCUGGUGGAGAUGAACCGACUUCCUGGUGGAAAUGAGGUGGGCAUGGUGGCCUUCAAAAUGAGGUUUAAGACUCAGGAGUACCCGGAAGGACGGGACGUGAUUGUCAUCGGCAACGAUAUCACCUUUCGCAUUGGAUCCUUUGGCCCUGGGGAGGACCUUCUGUACCUGCGGGCAUCCGAGAUGGCCCGGGCAGAGGGCAUUCCCAAAAUCUACGUGGCAGCCAACAGUGGCGCCCGUAUUGGCAUGGCAGAGGAGAUCAAACACAUGUUCCACGUGGCUUGGGUGGACCCAGAAGACCCCCACAAAGGAUUUAAAUACCUGUACCUGACUCCCCAAGACUACACCAGAAUCAGCUCCCUGAACUCUGUCCACUGUAAACACAUCGAGGAAGGAGGAGAAUCCAGAUACAUGAUCACAGAUAUCAUCGGAAAGGAUGAUGGCUUGGGCGUGGAGAAUCUGAGGGGCUCAGGCAUGAUUGCUGGGGAGUCCUCUCUGGCUUACGAAGAGAUCGUCACCAUUAGCUUGGUGACCUGCCGAGCCCUUGGGAUCGGGGCCUACUUGGUGAGGCUGGGCCAGCGAGUGAUCCAGGUGGAGAACUCCCACAUCAUCCUCACGGGAGCAAGUGCUCUCAACAAGGUCCUGGGAAGAGAGGUCUACACAUCCAACAACCAGCUGGGUGGCGUUCAGAUCAUGCAUUACAAUGGCGUUUCCCACAUCACCGUGCCAGAUGACUUUGAGGGGGUUUAUACCAUUCUGGAGUGGCUGUCCUAUAUGCCAAAGGAUAAUCACAGCCCUGUCCCUAUCAUCACACCCACUGACCCCAUUGACAGAGAAAUUGAAUUCCUCCCAUCCAGAGCUCCCUACGACCCCCGGUGGAUGCUUGCAGGAAGGCCUCACCCGACUCUGAAGGGAACGUGGCAGAGCGGAUUCUUUGACCAUGGCAGUUUCAAGGAAAUCAUGGCACCCUGGGCGCAGACCGUGGUGACAGGACGAGCAAGGCUUGGGGGGAUUCCCGUGGGAGUGAUUGCUGUGGAGACGCGGACUGUGGAGGUGGCGGUCCCUGCAGACCCUGCCAACCUGGAUUCUGAGGCCAAGAUAAUUCAGCAGGCAGGGCAGGUGUGGUUCCCAGACUCAGCCUACAAAACCGCCCAGGCCAUCAAGGACUUCAACCGGGAGAAGUUGCCCCUGAUGAUCUUUGCCAACUGGAGGGGGUUCUCCGGCGGCAUGAAAGACAUGUAUGACCAGGUGCUGAAGUUUGGAGCCUAUAUCGUGGAUGGCCUCAGACAAUACAAACAGCCCAUCCUGAUCUAUAUCCCGCCCUAUGCGGAGCUCCGGGGAGGCUCCUGGGUGGUCAUAGAUGCCACCAUCAACCCCCUGUGCAUAGAAAUGUAUGCGGACAAAGAGAGCAGAGGGGGUGUUCUGGAACCAGAGGGGACAGUGGAGAUUAAGUUCCGAAAGAAAGAUCUGAUAAAGUCCAUGAGAAGGAUCGAUCCAGCUUACAAGAAGCUCAUGGAGCAGCUAGGGGAACCUGAUCUCUCAGAUAAGGACCGCAAGGACCUGGAGGGCCGGCUGAAGGCUCGCGAGGACCUGCUGCUCCCCAUCUACCACCAGGUGGCGGUGCAGUUCGCCGACUUCCACGACACGCCCGGCCGGAUGCUGGAGAAGGGCGUCAUAUCUGACAUCCUGGAGUGGAAGACCGCGCGCACCUUCCUGUAUUGGCGUCUGCGCCGCCUCCUCCUGGAGGACCAGGUCAAGCAGGAGAUCCUGCGGGCCAGCGGGGAGCUGAGUCACGUGCACAUCCAGUCCAUGCUGCGCCGCUGGUUCGUGGAGACGGAGGGGGCUGUCAAGGCCUACCUGUGGGACAACAACCAGGUGGUUGUGCAGUGGCUAGAACAGCACUGGCAGGUGGAGGACGGCCCGCGCUCCACCAUCCGUGAGAACAUCACGUACCUGAAGCGCGACUCUGUCCUCAAGACCAUCCGAGGCCUGGUUCAAGAAAACCCCGAGGUGGCCGUGGACUGUGUGAUAUACCUGAGCCAGCACAUCAGCCCAGCUGAGCGGGCACAGGUCAUUCACCUGCUGUCUACCAUGGACAGCCCGGCCUCCACCUGACCCCGGCCUGCCCAGCCAUUCCCGGGACCACAGCAAGAGGAACCACCCACACCCGCCGUUGGUACACCCUCAGCAGACCUUGAAGACUUGCUUUUAAAAAAAGAAAAUCCUGGGCACAUGUGCACGGCUGCUGGUUCCGAGCUGACACCUGUCUCAAUAAAAGGCCCAGGAGUGCCUCUCCCAAACA